AUGUUGUCCAUCAAAGAGCAUUAUCCAGAAAUAUAUGGUAUUAAAUCACCAAAGUCUAGAUCUAGCAAAACUGAAGAAGAUGAUGACUCAUUUAUGCCAGCCCUACCUCCUCACAUGGUGAAAUCUGCAGCCAAGAAGGAAGCCACAAAAGACAGUGAGGAGGAGGAGGAUGCAUGCGGCCCAUCCCUACCGUCCCACGUACCGAAAAGCACAUCAAAGAGAAAAGGAGAUGAAAGUGAGGACAGCCAUAACAAAGCUUCCAAGGUAGAUACAGGAAACAGUGAAGAAGAAUCUGGAGAUGAGGAUGAUAUGUAUGGACCUGCAUUACCACCACACCUGCUUCAGAAGAAGAAGAAGGAUGGUAUAGAACCAUCCCAAAGCCAGAAGCGCGUGCUAGGACCUACUCUGCCCAAGGGUUACAGGAAGGGGAGCAGCGAGAGCGAUGAAGAUGGUUUCGUUGUGGACCAAUACCAUCUGCAAAAAAUAGAUGAAGAGGAAUACAGAAUAAGACAGCUUGAGUAUAGAGCAAAGAAAAUGAAGGAUAAAUUGCAAGGAAAAGGUGAAGACAAACCAAUGCAAAGAGAAUCUUGGAUGCUAGAGCUUCCUGAAGACCGAAAAAGCUUUUGUGGUUUGGAAGCAAGGCAGUUUAGAAGAAAAGCACCCAUGGAAAGGGGUGACCGAUCAGUUUGGACAGACACACCAGCUGAUAAAGAAAGAAAAGCUCAGAUGGGAACUGAUGAAGAUGGGAGAGAUUAUGCUCCAGAAGACAUUGCAGCCAAGAAAAGGGGAUAAAAAUUAUCAGAAAUGGUGGAGAGUUACAACUCAAAGAAGAGAGCAGAACCUUUGAUCGAUAUGCAUAAGAAGAAAAAGAAGGUAAGAGACUUCAAAGCUAGUGGAUUUUUAACUAUGAUUUCUUCAUGA